AUGAAAUUCUUCAUCCUGCUGGCCCUGUUCGGUGCUGCCUUCGGGCAGAACCUGCGCGCUGAGGUCGAUCAGCUGCUCCCCUUCCUGAACAUGGAUGAGGUGCGCACGAUCUACGAACGCUACGUGCAGACCGACGCCCAGGUCGGCGAGAUCUGGAGCUUCCUGCAGUCGGACGAGACCGAUGCCGCCUGGCGUGUGCUGAUCGGCACCCCGGAGCUGCAGGAGAUCAGCGCCUGGACCGAGGUCCGUGGCGUGAGCAUCCGCGACUACCUGAACGGCAUCGCCGCCAUGCUCGGUCUGACCCCGAUCACCCGCUCGGUCAACGCCAAGUCGCCGGCCUCCCGCUCGUGGAACGCCAUGAUGGACGAGAUCCGCGCCGUCACCGAUCUGGAGGGAGCCGAGGCUCUGGCCCGCACCUUCAUCGCCAACCCGGCCAGCGAGUUCGGAGAGCUGUACCGCAUGACCCAGGCCCGUCGUGCCGGAUUCACCCGCGUCAUCGAGCACCCGGAUGUCACCCGUUUCUCCGCUCAGCUCCGCGCCUUCGGCGUUGAUGUUGAUCAGAUCGUCAGCCGCUUCCAGGCUUUCUUCGGCUGGAACUAA